AUGGGAUCUUUUGAUAGCAAAAAGAUUAUCUUUCUGCAGUCUGUUUUAAAUGAUGCAGGUUGUGGAAUCGAGGAUUCUGAAUGGGAAGCUUCCAACCAGUGGCUCCAUGAAAAUACCAGGGGACAAUCAGUGUUGGAGCUAGGCCCCAAGGAGGGUAAGAGCAGAAAAAAAGCAGACUUUAUCAUCUCCAUCUGUGAUGUGACUUCCACGAGCAUUAAUCUGAGGUGGACCAAGUUUGCAGGGGCUGUGUCUUACCAGGUCACAGCCAUUCCUGUCAAUAUGUUAGGCCCCUCAGUAUUUGCCCUUUUCAACGAAGUCACACUCCUAGGCACAGUUACCUCCCUCAGACCCAACACUGUCCAUACCAUCAAAGUGGAUGCCUUUGAUAAGAACGGGAUGUUGCUGGCUGAGGCACUGACAAUGCAAUUAACAGCUCCAGAAAUACCCAUUAUUGAUCGGGCUUAUUCCAAACUUAGCAACAGCAUCACGGUGGAGUGGACACCUGUGCCAGGGGCUACCAGUUACCUGCUCACAGCCCAAGAUGGAGAAUCCUUCAUUGAAACAAUAGUCACUAAUUCACCAGGCACAGUGUCAGGCCUGAAGGCAGCUACCAUGUAUAAAAUCACCAUCAGAUCAGUCAAUGCUGGAGGGAGAAGCCAGGCAUCACUUCCCAAGAAAGCAAAGACAGUCUUGGCUGCCCCAAUCUUGGAUGUGAGCUCCCCAAGUUCUGACUCUAUCCUAGUACACUGGGAAGCUGUGUCCAUGGCCGUUGGAUUCUCUGUGUCCAUCAUGCGCUCCAAUGGCUUGGGUAGGAUGUGGAAAGAGAACACCACCAACACUUCUUUGACUUUCACCAGUCUGGAUGCAGGAACGCUCUAUACCAUAAAGGCAUAUGCCUGGAAUGCUAAUGGGAUUCCUGGAGAUGAUUCUACUUACAAUCAGAGAACAAGUCCUCAUGCCCCAGCAGACAUUCAAGUCUCUUUUGAUAGUGGGACUCAGAAGGCAACAGUUUCAUGGAUGCCAACCGAAGGAGCUUUUAGCUAUACUGUGACAGCUUCCAGUGGGGCUUCAAAGCUGAAUUGUAGUACUGCAUCUACCUCCUGCACCAUUUAUGCCCUUCAGUGUGGAACUGAGUACACCCUUUCCAUUUUGGCAAGUAAUGAUGCUGGAUCUAGUCACUCAACAGCAACAGUGAACUUAAAGACUGUUGCUUGUGCUCCCAGAAGCAUAUUAAUCCAAGAAGACAAUCCUGGCCAUCUGUCUGUGUCAUGGUCUGAUGCUGAACUUGGAGACUACUAUGUGGCCUUUGUGAAAAGUGAUGAUGGUUUGGAGAUGCAUUGUAAUACAUCAUUGACCCAAUGCAAUUUCCCAGCUGAGUGUGGAUUCACAUACUUUAUUAGUGUCUUUGCCUACAACGAGGCAGGGCAGAGCCCUCUAGGUGAUGUGUUCAACUACACAACAGCUCCUUGCUGUCCUGGUGACAUUAAUCCCGUGUUUGUGUCCAGUGAUACAGCCCAGCUUGUCUGGUCUCCUGUCCGUGGUGCUGAAAUGUAUGAAACAAAAGCUGUUGAUGGGAACCACGUAAUUGAGUGCAAUGACACUGCCACUGCGUGUACCCUUUCUGCCUUGCAGUGUGACACUAUGUACAAUGUCACUGUAUAUUCUUUCAGUGAAAUCAGGGGGAGCAAUACAUCUUGUGCUCCCCAUUGUGUGACAACAGCUCCUUGCAGUCCAGAAAUAAAAAAUGUAUCCAAGGACACUUUCCCCAUCAUUACUGUGCACUGGCAAGCUACUAAUGAUGAAGCCACUUAUAUAGUAACUGCCAAAGGAGAAGCUGGGCUCUACCACUGCACAAGCCCUGGAGAAUUCUGUACAAUAACUGACCUACCCUGUGGAUCCAUUUUCUCCAUUAGUGCUGUGGCACAAACAGAAGCAGGACAGAGUUUGCCAAGUUACAGUGUGCCUUUAGAAACAGUGCCAUGUUGCCCAGCAGAUCUGAAAGUAAUUCAAGUCACUCAGUCUGUAACCAAUGUAAGCUGGACCAGUGGGACUGGAGCACAAACUUAUGUGACAGUUUUAGAGUCUCCCAAAGGACAAUCUAAGUGCCAUACUUUGCAAAAUCAUUGUAUCUUGGGAUGCAUCAGCUGUGGCACCAAUUAUACAGUGGCUCUAAAAGCUAUUAGUGCUACAGGAUUGACUUCUGUUUGCACCUACCAAGACUAUUCUUCCAGUGCUUGUUGCCCUUUGGGGGUGAAAUUAUAUCUCCUGGGCAAUAAUGGUAUCCGGAUUUGCUGGCGAACCUCUGUAGGGUCUGCAAACUACCGUGCGGAACUCUAUGGAUCCAAAGGCAUUUUUACUUGUACCCCAAGCUCUGCCCUUAGUUACUGUGACAUCACUGAGAUACUCUGUGGAGAUGUAUAUACAGUCAUGGUGUCUCCAGUUGAUGAAAUGGGAUCAAAACUUACCUUCUGCCCCCAAAAAAUAUAUUCAGUAACCUGUUCCGGCAGUUCAGUAGGAAUGGUGAUUUUCAGAGGAAAGAGAAAUGCAGAAUACACCAAAUUCUGGAUGGAAACAGAGAUUCAGUAA